AUGAAUAUUAGUAAUUCAAAAUAUGAAAAUAAUUCUCAAACAAAACAAUCACUCAUAGCAAAAGGCAUUCAGCAAGCAUGGUGUCGACGAUUUUCUUCAAAUAUUCAUUCAGGUGUUCGAGUUAAAAUGCAGCAACAACCUAUACAGGAAAAUCGUGACCCUCGAUCAAAAUUAUCUUCAUUAAACCACAUUCAAUCAAUGCUAAAACACUUUCGAAUUGAAUCAGCUGUAUGUCAAAAUUCAUCAAAGCAACUUGAUCAUUCAUCUCAAAAUCAAUCAUUGUCUUCCUAUGAAUUAAAAUCUAUUCUGCAUAAUAAUAAUCAUGAUCUUCUUCUCCACAAACAAAAUCAUGAAACCAAUGAGAAAGAUAAAACUAUGAAUAGUAUUGGUGUACAAACAACAAUACUAGCCAAACUUGAUCGACAAACAUCGUGUGAUAUUCUUGUAGAAAGAAAAAAACUUAUUCGGAAAAGUCAAUCAUCAUCAUUGUCGACAGUUUCUGAUUCUAAAACAUCAAUAUCAGAUGAAAGCUCAACAUAUACGGACAGUACGUCAACAGAUAUGACAACACUUAGUACUGAUACUACUACUACUACUACUAACAGUAGUACAAAUAUGAAUCAUCAUAAACGAUAUCAACGUAAUAAAAAUCGAAAUAGCAAUGCAAUAGAUACUGAUAUCGAAGAAACUCUUGAACGUAAAUCUCAAACAGAAAAGUCAAUACAGAAAUCAUCGUAUGACGAACAGUCAUUACAGAAUAUAAAAAUUAACACGCCAUGUUGUUCUCCAUCAACUUCAUCAACAGCAGGAAAACAACGGUUUUUUAGUGCGUUCCUUAGUCUAUUUUCAUAUCUUCGAUUAUCAUCAUUCAAACGAGAUCGAGCUUCGACAUCUACUUCUAAAGUUCUGAAUAUGGAACAAAAUAUUCGACCGCCAACUUCUCGUUGUCGACGAUCUGCAGCGAGAAAUUUCAAUUAUAAUUCAUCUAUUGAACCAAAAAAUCAUUAUUUACUAAUAGGCUCCGAAGAAGAUUCGUUGUCGAAACAGAAUCACUUAGAAAAACAACCUUCUCUAUAUUCAAUUCAAAAUAAAUCACUAUCAAUGAGAAAACAAUAUCGACGAAUCAAUAAAUCAAAUUCAACUAUCGUUGAUUCUCAACGAUUAAAGAAAAAUCAAAGGAAACAUUCGUAUAGACAAGAAAGACAUACUCAUCGUCAUCGAAAGAAACGAAAACAAAUUCCCGCUGAUAAUCAUUCCAAAGAACUCGUUGGAGAAAGUAUAAAACCAUCAGUAUGUACUAUGGAAGAUCCUAGCAAAAACUCUUCAUCAGUGCAUGAGGAUACCCAACAAACAUCAAUUCUCUAUCCUACUGUUGAAAGCGAAAGAUCGCACCAUGUAUUUCUUCAAGAACAAGAUCUUUCUUCAAAGUGUAUCGAUAAUCAUUCGACAGAUACUGUUCCGUGCUUAGAGAAUCAUGAAAUAUUUAAAUCGAAUCCUUUGCCAUCUUCAUUUCAGAAAAUAUUAAAUCAGCAUGUGUCUCAUCCAAUAGAAUCCGUUCGUUUACGUGUUAAAAAUAAAAAUUUAAUUUCAAAUUUAUCCCAAUCGUCUAUCUACCAUGUCGAUGAUUCAAUAAAAUGUCACCAUAGAAAUCUAAUCAACGAAUUUAAAUCGAUUCUUCAACAAACAAAAAGUAUUCAUACUAAUAAUAAUUCUUUUGACGAUGAUAAUUUAAAAGCACAAGCAAACUUCAAUGCAUCGAAUAUAGCGUCGACUUUUUGCUCAAUAAACAAUCUAAAUGAUAACAAAUCUCACAAUCCAUCUAUGGCUUCGUCACAUAGUUCAACAAAAUCGAUUGAGAAUCAUUCUAUAUCAAUUCCUCAAACAAUAAAAAAUCAAAGUGAUACUAUUCGUGAAGGUGUCGAACAGCUCAUUCGCUAUCAAGAAUUAUCUCGAUCAUAUAAAUUAACAAGUAAUAAAGCUGUUAGACAAUUCCUUACGCGAUCGUCAAUUUUAUCGCCACAAUCUCUUCAUAAAUUAUCUAUAAAAAAUGAGCCCCAUUCAACAAAACAAGUCAAAGAAAAAAACUGA